AUGGAAUCACAGAACGGAAUCUUCUAAAAGAUUAGGCCAUUUCAUAAAACAAAUGUAUAGUAACUCGCAGAAAAUAAUAUAUUCGGGGCAGUUAUAUUUAUUUCAGCUUCGCUAUUUUCUUUAAAUUGAAUCGUGAACCGUAUAAUAGGUCCAUUCGAAAGGAUUCAUCUGCGACAUUAGCGGAAGGGUUAGCAGUCUUGAUUCUACAACAGAAAAAAGAUUUGCAAUAAGAGGAGACGUAAGUUGUUUGUAUUUGCUGUGAAGUACAGAACAUUAACCUGUUGGGGCGAGGAUGUCAGUGCUGAAUCAGAGUGGUGAAGAACAGGUGGAAUGUCCCCUGUGUAUGGAACCCUUGGAGGUGGACGAUCUCCACUUCUACCCGUGCACAUGUGGAUACCAAAUAUGCCGGUUUUGUUGGAACCGAAUCCGGGAGGGCGAAAAUGGUCUAUGCCCGGCGUGUCGGAAAGCAUAUCCGGAGAAUCCUGCAGACUUCACACCACUCAGCCAAGAGCAGGUUGCUGCCAUAAAGACGGAGAAGAAGGCCCGCGAGCAAAAACGUCGGAACAAGACGCUGGAGUCGCGGCGCGCACUCGCCAACGUACGGGUCGUGCAGAACAAUCUCGUGUUUGUGGUCGGUUUACCUGUGCGGCUCGCGGACCCCGAGAUCCUCAAACGGCAAGAGUACUUUGGCAAAUAUGGGAAAAUUCACAAAGUAGUUAUAAAUCAAAGUCCAGCGUAUGCGGGGUCACAGGUAUAUGUUAGUCCGUCGGCGUCGGCGUACGUGACGUACGUGUUGUCGGCCGACGCGUUGCGAGCGAUCCAGGGCGUCAACAACGUGACACUGGACGGGCGCGUGCUCAAGGGCUCGCUCGGCACCACCAAGUACUGCGCCAACUUCAUGAAGAACCAGCCGUGUCCCAAGCCGGACUGCAUGUAUCUGCACGAGCUAGGUGAUCCAAAGGCAUCGUUCACGAAGGAGGAAAUGCACGCAGGCCUACACCAAGUGUACGAGCGGAAGCUUCAUCAGCAGCUGCUCAACGCCACCAGGGACAGGCCUGAAGAUAGACAGCUAGGUAAUUCUAGUACGAAUGCAGACAAAGCCAGUACAAAAGAUGGUAAUCAAUCAAACUUCAUACCGACAACAGAGGUCACAACGUCUCAAAUUAAUUCAGUCAGUACAUCUAAAUCGAAAAAGGAUUCUAACGGUAGUAAUAGUGGUAGCAGCAGUAGUAGUUCGGGUAGCAACGGGUCAGUGAAUGGAAAGGAGGCGUGGCCUAGCCUGGGAUCCUCUCCACCAACUGACAGCCCCGCCCGUAAACAAUCCAGCCCCGGACCACAUCAGACAAAUAAAUCACAAGAAAACGGCACCUCAGAAUGUUCCAGUCCAACGAUAUAUACCCAGAUCAAAAAUAACAAAGAAAAUACAGAAAAGGGCAAUAGGAAUAAAGACAGCAAUACAAACGGCCAGACUAAGAAGAGCAAAUCAGAUAAAUCAAAACAAAAUAAUAGUAUUAGUGAAACAAGCGAACAAAGUUCGAUAGAUAAGACAGAGCAAGAGAUACACACUUCAGUAUUCGAGAACGAGACACAAUAUUUAACAAAUGAACUAGAUGAAUUGGAAUCGGACCGACACAGUCUUUUAGAGAACCACGACUUAUUGGAUAACAGUGACCACAGCUUGCUCGAAGAUGACACUCACAGUUUGUUGAACGAUGCGAAUAGUGAAGUACUCAUGAUGCAAAGGCAUAGAGAAAUGCUGGCCGGCCUCGUCGAUAAUGGAAUGCCAAUCAAGAGCCCCAUCAAUGGAUACGGGUUGAUAGACAGGGAUAUGUACCUCACUAGCGAUAGACAUAGUCAAAUUAGCCAAGGUCUUAUGGAAAAGGAAUUGUUGAUGAGAGAAAGGAACUGUAGUAUGCUGUUGAGACAGAAUGAAUUAUUGUCUAGGCAACACAGUGUUAUGGACCCUAAACAUUUUAUGCCCACUUCUAGUAUAGGAUUGGAGUCGGCUAGUGAAUUAUUAGGUGCUAAUUAUCAUCAAAACCCAAAUAUGCUUCCACCAUUUGGAAUGAGAGUAGAAAAUUCUUUACAAUCAAACGCACUUGGCAAUCCAGUUAACUCUAUAUCAAUGAACUUAGGAAAUAAUAUGUCAACGUUAGGAAACGCUAUGGGGGUAAACUCAAUUAACUCAAAUAUGGUAAACGCAAUGGGGGCAAACACAUUAGGCGGAAAUCCUUUAGGGACAAACACAUUAGGUGGAAAUCCAAUGGGGGCAAGUCAACUCAACUCAAUGGGGGUAAAUUCAUUAGGAGCAAAUUCUAUGGCGUCAAACACAUUAGGAAAUUCAUUGGGAGCUAACUCAUUAGGAUCAAAUCUAAUGGCAAACUCUAUGGGUAGUCACAUGGGUGGAUUUAUGCUUCACAAUCAACAGUUACAAAUGAACCAACACAUGCCGAGCGGACUUGUCAACGGAUUUGAUUCACCACAAAGUGUUAGCGAGGGCAGAUACCAAGCAGACAACAUGGAGAAGUUCUUCACGGACUUCAACAAGGCGCAGCAGAUGAGGGUAACAAGGCCUGGAGCACACCUCGAGAGGCCCAGAUACCCGCACAACAUGCUCAGUGCUGAACGGCUGGAGAUGGAACACAAGCAAAGAAUGAACAACUUCCGUGGCAGCGAGAACUCAGGUCGCGCGGCAGGUGAUGGUGAUGACGAUCUGGACUUCGACCCCUUCAAAGAGACACAGAAAGCUUUAGCAGAGAUGAUGGAGUCAGAAAUGAUGCUGAAUAAUAUAUCUAGCGGUGACAACAUGGAUCUAGUUCGUCGCACACGCAUGCCGCCCCCUGGUUUCAGUCACGUCAACGUCUAUGGAAGACACCCCUCGCAACAACAAGGGUUCAACAACAGCGCAGUAUACUCAGACUGGACCCAAAUGGACCCCGCAAUAGUGUCAACUUCCGUCAACUUUGGUAAAAGUCAGGCUCCCGAUCAGACAGAAAUUUUCGCACGGUUCAAUCAUCUCACCGUACAACCUAAUGGCAUUAAUAAGAUACAGGUCCCAGCCAUGAUGCAACAGUGGUCUGGAGCGCCCAAGACGGCGUGGGGCGCUUACAACGGCAUCCCAAUGCCCCCGGGCUUCGCCCCUCCCAAGCCCUCGCAGCACCCGGCCGAGUGCAUCGACGCCAAGUAA